CCACCCCAAAAAUCUCAGCUUUGUUUCACACUCAAAACUCUCACUUUCCCUCUCACUUGCCCACCUACCAUAAAAAAUCAGAUCAACCCUACCCUACUCUCGGUCUCUAGAAGAGAAGAGAAGAGAAGAUAAACCCCACACCACUGCUUCUCUUCUGUUUGAUGAAGAUUUUACUGUUUUGAUUUUGAGGUAUGGAGAGGAGAGAAGUUGUGAAGGUUGAGAAAUUUGAUGGAUCUCCGGCAUUUAGUACUACUAAUGAUCAUGUUCAAACUAGCUAUCCAUUUAUGCAGGGUCAAUAUGGUUUUGACUUUGUUGAUGGAGAUAAGAACGCUUUAGGGUUCAUGGAGCUACUGGGUAUGCAAGACUUUAGUCCUUCUUUGCUUGAUAUGAUACAGGUGCCAAUACCACCUGAGCAGGCUCCAAAUGUUCAAGUAGUUACGGAGUCGCCACCAGAGUUGUUGAAUCAGCCUGCUACACCUAACUCUUCAAUAUCGAUUUCAUCGGCUUCUAGUGAAGGUUUGAACGACGAGCCUGUUACUAAGAGUGUUGAUGACGAGGUAGAGGAGCAAGAAAAGAACAAGAAAGAGUUGAAACCGAAGAAGACAAAUCAGAAGAGACAGAGAGAGCCGAGGUUCGCAUUCAUGACAAAGAGCGAGGUUGAUCAUCUGGAAGAUGGGUACAGAUGGAGAAAGUACGGCCAAAAAGCUGUGAAAAAUAGCCCUUUUCCUAGGAGUUACUAUCGUUGCACCACUGCCUCGUGUAAUGUGAAGAAGAGAGUGGAGAGGUCUUUCAGUGAUCCAAGCGUAGUUGUGACCACUUAUGAAGGUCAACACACCCAUCCUAGCCCGGUCAUGCCUCGUCCAAACUUUACUGGACCUGCAUCUGAUUCUGGUUUCUCGUCCACUGCUGCCUUUGUGAUGCCAAUGCAAAGGAGAUUAUCUUUCUACCAACAACAUCAAAGUCGACAACAACAACCACCUUUUGUCAACAGCUUCUCACCUUUGGGUUUUGGUUACAAUGGAAGCACCACAAAUGCUGCUGCGAUUAAUUAUCUACAAUAUGAGAAGCGCUUUUGCAGCAGCUCAGGGUCGACUUUUCUCAAGGAUCAUGGGCUUCUUCAAGAUCUCGUCCCCUCCCAUAUGCUAAAGGAAGAGUAGAGGAGAAGUCUGUGUUACUGCUUUGUAGUUUCCCUUUAACUGACUUCUCUAAAAGAGUUGCAGAUGAAAGACCCCUUAAUGAUAUGGCAUCAUGGUAUGUAAUGUCUUACUGACUUCCUGGUCGUAAUUUCUCUUGCAGACUUGCAGUUGUAGAAGAACUCGAACUUCUUCAUCUUAUGGCUUUUUAGCCAUUAUCCAGUUGGGUUCAGUUCUCUAGUUUUUUUUUUUUUUUUUGCACCAAUCUUCCCUUAGGUUGUAUGUAGAGAUAGAUUACCAUGUGGAGUAAACUAUAUAAGCUAAAAAGAGUUUGCUUCUCCUUCAAUGCUUCUUACCUUCUCGUUUGUCCUUUACCAUUUGUUUUUGUUGUCGAAGGAAUGUGCAUUGAUUUCAUGGACUGAA